CUUCCGCCAAUUCCACUUCAUCUUCUCCAAGCGGUAGCUGGGAUCUUCCAAUGGCCUCCGGCUAGCUUUCCUCCUCUCCAUUUGCCACUCUUCACAUCCUUCAGCUGUUGCAGCCGAAAGGACAGAGAGGGAGGUGGGAGGGAGAGAGAGAGAGAGAGAGAGAGACCGAGGGAGACACUGUUAACCAGGCCGGCUAAAGAAGGGAGGGAGAGAGAGAUGUCGGGUGCCGUGUUCAUCGCCCUGUGCUUGGUGUUGGGCCUCUCCGGCGUCCGCGCCGAGGACCCUUACCUCUUCUUCACGUGGAACGUGACCUACGGCACCAUCGCCCCCUUGGGCGUCCCUCAGCAGGGCAUCCUCAUCAAUGGCCAGUUUCCCGGCCCCAACAUCAAUUCCACCACCAACAACAACAUCGUCAUCAACGUCUUCAACAACCUCGAUCAGCCCUUCCUUCUCUCAUGGAACGGGAUUCAGCAGAGGAAGAACUCGUGGCAAGACGGUCUGGCCGGCACCAACUGCCCCAUCCAGCCCGGCAAGAACUUUACUUACCACUUCCAGGUGAAGGACCAGAUCGGCAGCUUCUUCUACUUCCCGUCAUUGGGCAUGCACAAGGCGGCCGGUGGCUUCGGUGGCCUCCGGAUCAACAGUCGCCUCCUCAUCCCGGUGCCGUUCGACCCCCCAGCCGAUGAUUACACCGUCCUCAUCGGCGACUGGUAUGCCAAGGACCACAAGGCUCUCGCCGGGAUCCUCGACGCGGGCCGCAGCAUCGGCCUCCCCGACGGCGUCAUCAUUAACGGCAAGACCGGCAAGGACAGAACCGGCAAAGACGGCAAGCCGCUGUUCGUAAUGGAGUCCGGGAAGGUCUACCGCUACCGCAUCUGCAACACCGGGAUCAGGGCCUCCCUCAACUUCCGCAUCCAGGGCCACUCCAUGGAGCUGGUGGAGAUCGACGGGUCGCACACCAUGCAGAACUUGUACGACUCCCUCGACGUCCACGUUGGGCAGUGCUACUCCGUCCUCGUCACCGCCAACCAGGCCCCCGGCGACUACUACCUGGUGGCGUCCACCCGGUUCAUGAAGAAGGAGCUCACCGCCACUGGCAUCGUCCGCUACGCUGGCUCCAAGGUCCCGCCGUCGGCAGUCCUCCCCAAGGCACCCACGGGCUGGGCCUGGUCGUUCAACCAGUGGCGCUCCUUCCGAUGGAACCUCACCGCCAGCGCCGCCCGGCCGAAUCCCCAGGGCUCCUUUCAUUACGGCAGCAUCAACAUCACCCGCACCAUCAAGUUCGCCAACUCGCGCGCCGUCGUCGGCGGUAAGAGCCGGUUCGCGCUCAAUGGCGUCUCGCACGUGGACGUCGACACCCCGCUCAAGCACCUGGAAUACUUCGGCGUCGCUGACAAGUUCUUCAAGUACAACCUCACCGGCGACGAGCCGCGGGAGGGCAGCGGUCCGGUCAACCUGGCCCCCAACGUCAUCACGGUGGAGUUCAGGACCUUCGUGGAGGUCAUCUUCGAGAACCCUGAGAAGGGGCCGCAGUUCUACCACUUGGAUGGCUAUUCCUUCUUCGCCGUCGGAAUGGGGCCAGGGAAGUGGAAGCCGGAGAGUAGGAAGCGGUACAACCUCCUCGACGCGGUGAGCAGGCACGCGAUUCAGGUGUACCCCAAGUCAUGGACGGCGAUCAUGCUGACGUUCGACAACGCCGGGAUGUGGAACCUGAGGUCGGAGCUGUGGGAGAGGCGUUACCUGGGCCAGCAGCUCUACAUCAGCGUGCAGUCACCGGCGCGGUCGCUCAGGGACGAGUACAGCCUGCCGGACACGGUUUUGCUCUGCGGGGCGGUCGCCAGCCUCCCCAAGCCGCCUCCCUACACUUAAGACGCCGAGCUUAGCGGUGCAUUGUACUGUGUGUGAAUGAGAGUGGUGUGAAGAUUGAUCUUUAUGGGCAUUAUCAGCUCGUCGGCACUUGGUUUGGCUUCAUGUAAAGAUUCACAGUCUCCACAUUAAUGAAGACCAU